UAUCUUUCACUGUAGCAGCGAAGACAUGGCGGCAUUCCUCAAGGUUAUCAUCGUGGUCACUGUGGUGCUCACCUCUGCAACGGCUCUACCUCAAUACGAUGCAGCAAAUCAGAAUCUAAUUCCACCAUCGAAUUCCUACAGUGCACCUGAUGAAGCGGGUGGCCCUGCUUCUUACUCCUUCUCCUACGAAAGCUCGGACCCAGCCACGAACAACUACUACGGUCACGCUGAACAGAGGGAAGGACCCAACUCCUCAGGGGAGUACCGCGUCCUUCUACCUGACGGAAGGACCCAGAUCGUCAAGUACACCGUGGAAGGAGACGUAGGAUACAUCGCCAAAAUCAGCUACGAACGCCCGGCAGGAGGAGCUAAUCUGGCAGUUGCGAACACUGGAGAUGGAUACCAGUAAUCUGCAGAACAAGAGUGCAUAAUUUUAAGCAGAUUUCAGCCAACCCUGUGGCAUAAUUUUGUCUACCAAUUGUGAGUUUUAAUUAUAUUUUUAGGCGCCUAUCUUCCUUGCUUCGAAGGCGAGUUAUGUAUGAAGCCUAGACAUAAGCUGAAUUGCUGCACUAGUUCUAAUUAUCUUGAAAAUAACGAAUCUCGAUGUUCGGCUUCAGGAUGGUAUUGCCUGUACCGAGAGCGAUCAUGUCCAAAAACACAUCCGUGGGCAUUGCUUAGCAACCUUGAGAAUGGCACAGACAGUGCUGCUAUGUCCUUCAAAAUGGCUUUGGAUAUUCUGCUUUAUUUGGUUCCUGAAAGGUAUUCAUCUUCACGAAGGUGAUUAUCUGCAGGUUGCUGAAGUGGAUUGCCAGAUGCUGCCAGAUAGACUGGGGAUAGAAUAAUUUUUGUUCAACGUCUUGAAAUCGUCAUCAACGGGUAACCUCAUUUUAAAGGUUAUCGGUAUCUGUAGUAUCUUUUCAAUUUGGUGAUUGAGAAAUAUGAAAAAUAUUUACUACAUUUACAUUGGUUGUUUAUUGUUCUUACGGCUGUAAGUAGUUGCGUUUUCAAGUGACAGUAGCUUAGUGAAUACUUUUAAUUUUUGCAAAUGUUAGUCUCGUUUGGUUAAGCGUGGAUGUCCUCACAAGACCUUUUAUCCUUUGGUGAAUGUAUAGAUGGAUUUACACGUCAGCGUAAAAAUAUGCCCUUUAAAGUAUGCCAUUCCGUUUUACCUACAGCAUUCUACUGAAACCAUUACUGACUUUUUUAUCUAUUUCCGCAAUUAUUUAGUUUUGGUUUCUGUCUUCUCUCGUUAUUGGAUCUAUAUUAUUGUUGUCUUCCUAGAAUCUACAAAUAUCUGUUCUGAAUUAUUUGUUACUAAUUUCUCGUUGGUAUUCGCAGAUCGUGUAUAACUUCAGUAUUUUCAGUCUUAUUCAAAUCUAGUUGGAUCAUAUCAAAAUGUGUUCAUGCCUUCUGACAACUUGAGAUUAAUGCUUUAACCUUCCUAAGGAUUUUUUUUUACUCUAAACUUUGUUUCCUGUACUCAGGACCCAACUUCAUUCUUUAAUAGUUCAACUUCACUUUAAUCGAAUGACUAACAAUGGCCCUCAUCAUUUUAUCACUUCUUGGGCACAACACAUUCAUCGUCUACUGACCCCUACGCUCUUAGUUCCAUCUGCUUUUCAUUGCAUGCUAGGUUACCUCUCUUCAGUAUAUUAAAUCUCUUCAUCUGAUUGUUGACUUUAAUCAUUUCUGAUGUAGCUAUGCAAGGCUCUCUAACUCCAAUACUAUAUAGUUCUUCCAACCUCUUUUGUAUACGAAAUGGAAUCCAGUUAAAGAAGUAACCUUUGGGAUUACGACGGGUGGAUAUCUACUCAAUAUUCCUUUAAGGAGAGUUCAAGCAGUGAUGUUCUGUCCCGUCCCUAGUUUGUCUUUCCUAUAACGCGUACUUUCCGCUUCAAUAGCUGUAACAACAGCGUUGUUUUUACUUUCUGUCAACAAAAUACCGAUUGAUUUAUAUAUAUAUAUCAGUUUCAAAAGCUUCUUCUUCUUUUUCCCUAUAUCAGUUUCUAAAACCUUUUUCUGCAACUGAUCAUUGUUUUCAUUUUCGUUAUCUGUAUAAAUUUUCAUAUAUUAUUACUUACAUUCGUUCUUAAUUUCUUGAUUCCUUUAGUUUCCUGUUUUAUCGUACUGCUUAUCGAUACUUUGAUCAAUGUUGACAACUCAGUUUGUACUCGUUCCCUGACCACAUUAUUGUUCCUUUGUAUUAUUAAUGAUAUAAAGGUCACAGAGGCCACUAAUCUUAAGCAGACGUGUUUGUUAUGAAAUCUUGUUCCUCUGAAAUAAACUUGUUAAUGUUUUUUUUUUUU